AUGGAGCUUGAGGCCUUGAGUAGAUGUACCAGUCCAGCGAACCCCGCUAUCUUUCCCCAUGUGGCUGUGGUGCUGUUGGCCGUUGAUAUGUUCUUCACCCCUGGUUGUUUGUUUAUGAGGUCACCGCCGCCAAGUACACUUGGGAUAUCCACAGAGAGCUCCUCAUCUCAUUGGAGGCCUCAAUCUUCAUUGGCUUUCGAGUCCUCUGCCUGCUGCUCUGGGUCAGCGUCUAUGUCUGAGCUCCCAAGGGUUCCAACCAAGGGUCCUCACUGCAUCCUUCCUUUGACUGUGAAUAUUUUUCAGGAACCCCAGUGCCUUGGAGAUGCCAUUUGGUAG